GCUACCAAGCAUUGAGGGGUAUGUUCAGAUGGAAAAUCCCGCAGAGGAACGCAAAGUAGAAGCUAGUAGUGAGAAUUUCCAAUACCAACCAGAAUUCUGCAUUCAAUCUGGUUCUACUUUUGCAUCUGAUCAAAAAAAUACUACAAAUAAUGCUAUGCUAAACCAGCAAAUUGCAGACUCUAUUGUGGUGAGUGGCCGACAAAACAGAGAAGCAGGCCUACGGAGGGAACUCUCUGCGCCUCUUGGGACUCCAGCUGAGGAUGGAUAUAAUUGGAGAAAAUAUGGCCAGAAACAGGUAAAGGGUAGUGAGAAUCCGAGAAGCUACUACAAAUGCACUCACCCAAAUUGUCAGAUGAAGAAGAAAGUCGAGCGGUCUCAUGAAGGUGGGAUUACUGAGAUAAUCUACAAGGGUUCCCACAACCAUCUGAAACCUAACCUUGAUUGCCGGUUUAGUGCUCCUUCACCAAACCCACUCAAUGAACUUAAGAGUGAUGGCUCAGAGCAGCCAGAUUCACAAGCAAGUUUUGAUGAAAAACCAAUAAAAGGAAGCUCUCAAAGUGGUAAUGGAUGCCAAGAUUGUUUGGGGGAUGGCCUGGAGGCAACUUCAGCUGCACCAAUUGCUGCUGAAUUCUGUGAUGCCUCUAAUGCAUUGCAAGAGAACCAAGAUGGUGAUCAUCCAUCCCCAGAGUCUAUUGAUGUUUCUUCUGCAAUGUCCAAUGAUGAAGAAGAUGAUCAAGAAACUCAUGGCAGUAUCUCCCUCAGCGGUGGAGAAGAGACAGAGUCAAGAUCCAGGAAGCUAGAUUCUUGUGUUGUUGAGAUAAAUGCUGCUUCAAGAACAAUUCGUGAACCAAGAGUUGUGAUUCAGACAAUGAGUGAGAUUGACAUUCUUGAUGAUGGAUAUCGUUGGCGAAAGUAUGGCCAAAAGGUUGUCAAAGGAAAUCCAAAUCCAAGGAGUUAUUACAAGUGUACAAAUCCUGGGUGCACUGUCCGAAAGCACAUAGAGAGGGCUUCACAUGAUCUCAAAUCAGUGAUCACGACCUAUGAGGGAACACAUAACCAUGAAGUCCCAACGACUAGAAGAAGUGGUCAUCAGAACUCUGGCUCCUCAAAUGUAUCAUCAUCUAAUUCGGCUACCCAAUCUCGCAGUCUUCUGCAAAAACAUGAACCAAUCCAAGACAGAUUUGCAAGAUUCAAUACUCACACUCCUCUCAGCACUUUUAACUUUCCACAAAAAGGCCAGUUAGGGACUGCUACAAGCUUCCCUUUUGCAAUGGGGCAGCCAAGCUUGUCCAACCUUUCUAUGUCUGGAUUCAAUCCUAUUGCAGCAGCAAGUACGCCAAUUGUUCCACCAGUCCAUUCAUUUCCAAGUCAUGGACAUCCUACUGAAGCAGGAUACAUGAUGCAUAAAUUAGACCUCAAGGAAGAAUUUUUGCCCGAUACAUUUCUUCCUCUGCCAAAUUCUAUGUCAGUUUAUCAUCAGAUGAUAAGCAAGCCUACCUGUGUUAUAGAAUGCAGAAGCAAAGAUGGCUAUUCCUUCAGUCAAGUUUAACUUCACUUGUGGCAAAAUAAAUGUUUGAAUUUAAUUUUUUCAAUUUUUGCUAAUGAUAAUAUAUAUAC